AUGAAGCCCGCAAAGAAAUGCAAUAGGCUGUCAAAAGCGACUAGAAACAAGCUUAUCAUUUACACAUCUUUGGGCGUUACUCUCAUAAUGCUCGCAAUUACAUCGCAUAUACUCGAUCCUAUCUACCUCAUCGCUAAAUACAAAAUGCGUUUUGCACGGGACACUAAGUUCUACCACUUACUGAAAGAAGAGAUAGCCGGGGCCUACGUGUCUGCAUACGUAUUUAACGUCACCAACCCGAAGGAGUUCCUCAGCGGACAAGAUCACCAGCUUAAAGUGCAAGAGGUCGGCCCAUUCACAUACCAGGAGAAACGAAUAAACGAAAACUUCGAGCUGGAUGAAGAGUUGCAGGAGCUGCGUUACAACCCUUACAUCACCGCGUCAUUCAUCCCCGAGCUGUCUAUUGGUGACCCAGCGGAUAUCAACGUGACACUUCCGAAUUCGGUGUUAUUGGCGACGUCAACAAGCAUGUCGACGUAUCCAUUCUGGAGCCAGCUAGGUCUGAACAUACUUACCAAGCGAUACGAAUCGAAGGCGUUAUUAACAAAGAGUGUCCAGGACUUCCUCUGGGGCUACGAUGAGCCCCUCCUCGCGUUGGGAAACACCGUGAUGCCUGGCUGGAUCAACUUCAGGAAGAUGGGCUUCUUAGACAGACUCUAUGAUAACACCCGAGACUACAGGAUAGAGCUAAGCGUGAACGACGCGGACAAGUUUAAAAUCAAACGUGUUAAUGGAGUCAGUGGGUUGGCGUGCUGGAACUACGAAAACCCAAGUCUACGUACUCGGUGCAACAGUUUUGAAGAUGUGUACGAGGGCUUCUCCUACCCGCCAGGUCUGACGCCGGAGACACCAAUUAGAAUAUAUCGGAACGUCUUCUGCAGAAUUCUAGAGCUCGAUUAUGCUUAUACAAAAACCGUGGACUACGGCCCAGAGGCUUUCCUCUACAAGAUCAGCAACCGGUCCUACACAAUGAACCCUGAUAAAGAAUGCUUAUGCAGUAGACUGGGAUGCGUCGAUGGACUGUCCGACUUGUCGCCUUGCUUUUAUGGUCUACCUCUCAUGCUGUCCAAUGCGCAUUUUUACGGCGCCGAUCCCAAAGUGUACGAACGCAUAGAUGGCAUCGCUCCAGACGAGGAGAAACAUGGCGGGUCGUUCUUAGUGGAAUGGAAACUCGGUACGGCUCUGAUGACGUCCAUGACGUUCCAGCUGAACGUCCCAGUGAGCGACGUCAGCUUCAACAAGGAGGCCAAGCCCUUCGCCAACAUGACUAUCCCAAUUGCUUAUUUCUUAGUGACCCAACCGGAACUUGCGGAUGACGUGAAAACAGCGUUUUGGAUCAUCUACGUGGCAGGUCCUAACGCGAUGCUGGCAAUUGAGAUACUCCUGUUCACGAUAGGCCUCAGCCUACUGGUCUUCGCCACGCGUACUGUCUUUUGGAACUUGUUCACGAACGAAACGAGCAUCGGCUUCCAAGUAGCGAACACUUCAAACAAACUGAACUGUGAAUUACCGUUAAUGAGUAAUAAGCAACAACUAGAACAUUUCAAUUCAUAG